AAUUUUUUCUGUACUGAAACCCGAGCUGAAACCUGAAACUGGGGCUAUUUAUACAAGGUACACUGCUGUUAUGAGCUUCCUCUUCCGCAAGAGAAGGAGCAUGGGUGCCGAGCAAGGCAGGCUACAAGGUGUCCCCACACCUGCAGGCAUCCAGUCUAUGGAUGAGAGCUUGCAGAAAAAGUUUUCCAAAGGAAUCCAGUUCAACAUCAAGAUCUUGAUUCGUGGGGACAGAAACACUGGCAAAACCUGUCUCUUCCACCGCAUGCAAGGGAAACAGUUUACUGAGGCUUAUAUUCCAACCAAUGAGAUUCAGGUGACCAGCAUUCUAUGGAGCUACAAAGUUACAAACGACACUGUAAAGGUGGAGGUGUGGGACAUAGUGGACAAGGGUCGCUCUCAGAAGAAGGGUGGCAAGUCUCUCCUCAAGAUGUUCAACGAGCCGUCCUCUGACCAGGAUCCCGCCAAUAUGCCAUUGGACGCUGAGUUCCUGGACGUGUACAAGGGGGCACAUGGCGUAGUGUUUACUUAUGACAUGACCAAGCAAUGGACGUGGAAAUACAUUGAGAAGGAGGUUCCCAAAGUUCCUCUCCACAUCCCCAUCAUCAUAGUGGGCAACUUCCGAGACAUGGAGGAACAUCGAGUGGUGUCACGUGACGAGGCAAUGAUGCUUAUCCAGGGCUUGGAUCGUCCGGACGGUGCUGCUCCCGUGAGGUACGCUGAGGGCUCCAUGAAGAAUGGGUUUGGACUCACUCACUUGCACAAGUUCCUCAGUGUGCCCUUCCUUCAGCUUCAGCAAGAGACCCUCUUACAGCAGCUCCAGGGGAACAGAGAGCAGACACUGGCAGCCAAAGAGGAGCUAGACAGUGCUAGCAAGAGUGACGACCAGAACUAUGACAUGUUCUUGGAGAAAAUUCAGAAGAUUGUUGAUGACCGUAAGAAGAAGUCUGAACCACCCCUCACACCUGACUCCACCCCCUCUAGGGGAAAUGACAGCCCACGAUUGCGGAGCAGCAUUAGUGAGAAGGUCGAGGAGGAGCCAACCACUCCAGUGGGUGUGGCUGCAGAGCAACAACGCUCGGGAUCACUGUCUUCCAAACUUUUCUCUGGGUUCCGCUCACGGACAAAGGAGGCAGCAAAGAACCAAGAAGUGCCUUCGGAGUCUCCCAGACCUGUCAAGGCUCGGCCAACAAUGAUGAUUGAUGACUUUGUGCCGGAGGGAGGGGAAGUGGAGUCAUUCCUAGAAGACUCUGAGGAGAGCAAUGAUGAAGAGGACAGUGAGGAGGACAGUGAUGAUGAUGUUGAUGGGGGUAAUCCCCAAGUGGCCAUAGAUGACGACCUUUCCAGCCCAGAGGAGGAAGCCCCUCCCAUUAAGAGCGCCCCCCUCGUACCAGAGGUGAUGAAACAGCAGAAGCCUCUCGUAUCGGCUAAAGAGAUUGUACUCACUGAGAGUGAGGAAGAAAGUGAAGAGGAGAGUGAUGAGCCGAGAGUUGUGGAGGACGAGGAUGUCAACCUAGACCAACUUACCAAACCACCCACUCAAUACAAGAAAGUAUUCAAUAACAAUGUCCCAUUGGACGAACUAUUUAACGUCCCACAAAAAAAAGAAAAAAAGAAGAAGAAAAUGAAGCCUGCCGAAGAUCCGAUCGAGAUCCAACCAGUAGAACCAACUGUAAAACCAGCGAAGAAGAAGUCAGGAGGGCUCAUGUUAGAAUUUUCCCCCACCCCAUCCCAAGCUCCACCCCCUGCGGCCGAGUCACCUGCCAUUGGAGAAAGGAGGGACUCUAAGAAGAAGAAAAAAUCGAAGAAGAGGAGAGAGUCUAAGGAGACAGAGGCUGUACUUUCUGUAGGUGGUGGGAAAGGAUCGACAGGUGACCCAUUUACUGCUAUUUCCUCCCUCGAUGCUUGGCUAAACUCAGACUCAACUGGGAAGGAUGGACCACUGGAAUCCAGUUGGAGCACACACACCGCCAAAGCUGUUGAGGUUGGUGAAGAGUCUGGCUCUGGAGAAGACGAGCACAGAGAGAGAGAAAAGCCGCACAAACCUCGGAGGACCAGAGAGGGAGUGGAGAAGGAGAGAUCUUCUCACAAGAAAAAGCACAAGCACAAAUCCUCGAAUCGACACAGAACUGAAAAGGACGAUGAUAGGAAUUAUGAAGCUUUGUAAACAAGUGUAGAGUUUUGUAUAUUGAUCGUGUUUUCACAAAUUAACGCACUGUUCUUGCUUUUCUGAUGUGCUAAAUAAUUAUUUAAUUAUUUAUUUGGAGUUCACAAAAACAUUUGCAAUGUGUGGAAA